GUGGAGCUGCCGGGUUGCGCCUUCGCCGCCUCCCAACAGGUUGGAAAGCCAUUAAUUACAGCCUGGGCCAUGCAGCUCUGCGCUCGUGCUGCCGACGCUCAAGCCACCGCCGGGACUUUUCUACUGCUGCUGCUGCUGCUCUUGCCGCCUCCGCUUUCUUUGCUGUGCUGCCCAUGGAGCGUUAGGGCUCAGCAUGGCCCUCCGGCUCCUCCUGGCUCCUUGCUGGUCGCUCCUGCUCCUCGCCUGCGCUAAGGACAGUAGUGAGCCUGCAGAAGGAGCGGGUACCUGGAAUGAAGAGAUCACCAAGUGGUGGGGGGAAUGGAGCUCCUGGUCCACCUGCUCCCGUACCUGUGGAGGGGGAGUCAUGUCCCGAGAGAGGCACUGCCUACGGCAGCGACUGCAAAUAGCCCAAGGGACAAAUAGCAGCAUGUGUGUUGGUCAGUCCAAGCACUACCAGCUAUGCCAGCAGCAGCCUUGCCCUGCCAAUACCAUCAGCUUCAAGCAGCAUCAGUGUGCCAGCUUCAAUGCCAAGGCCUUUGGGAAACACUAUUAUCACUGGAUGCCUCUUUAUCCAGAUGAUUACACCAGCAUCUCCAACAAGCCAUGCGACCUCCAGUGCACCACUAGAAGUGGAGAGAGACAGCUGAUGGCACGAGCACAGGAUGGCACGUCAUGUAAGGACAGGACCUACCAAGGGGUCUGCAUCAGUGGAAAGUGUGAGCCAAUAGGGUGUGAUGGCAGCCUCUAUUCUUCCCAGGUGAUGGACCGGUGCCGUGUAUGCGGAGGAGAUGGAAGCACUUGCUACCGAGUUUCUGGCAGUUUUCGAAAGGGGAUCUCACAGUUAGGCUAUGUGUUUAUCACCAACAUCCCUUCUGGUGCUACAGACAUUCUCAUUAUUGAGCAGAGGAAGACAGAGAACAUACUGGCACUGGCUGAUGACUCUGGGCACUUCUUCUUCAAUGGGAAUUCUGCUCUUGACAAUCCUCAGAACUUCAAAGUGGCUGGCACCGUCUUCAAAUACCGCCGGCCUUCCAACCUCUAUUCUGAUGGCCUGGAAUACAUUAUUGCACAGGGUCCUACCAACCAGUCUCUCAAUGCCAUGUACUAUAAUUUUAAUGGGAAAGUGCCCCACGUGACCUAUGACUACACUGUGCCAAGAACACUGUCACCAGCUCUUCAGACGGUUUCCCCUGUCAUCAAGAUGCCUAUCCAUCUUCACCUUUCCGGUUCCAGCCACAAUCGCCAGGAAGCCAUCCCUCCCAUUUCUGAAGAUUUUAAUGACACUUGGAUCUCUCUGGCUCCGGAUGACAUUGGGGAAGGUUUCACUCAAGGGGAGGACCAUGGAGGCAUGGUCUACAAGAACCAGAACUUUCCCCCCAGUAAUACCAGUGUUCAAGGAAAGGAAUGGGACUGGAAGCACAGGACAGAGGAGGAAAGAUUUGGCUUCCAAGUUCGACAGGUUUAUCAUACAAAUGGAGCAGGUGAUGAUGAAGAGCUGGCAACCAGCAAAGAUACAAACCUGGAUCUCAGGCUUAACCAUAUUACAGUCAGCACGGCUGUACCCCAUGGUACAUCAAGGCCAGAAUUCCAAGAGACUAGCAGGAUUGGGUUAUCCAGGCUGCGUCUGUUCCGGAAAUUGUGUCUCCAAGAUCUUCAAAAUGCUGCCUUUUGUAGAGAGUUGCAUUACCAAGCAAUCAAGCUUGGAAGGAAGAAUACAACAGCGGUGUUUUGGGGAGACCCAUUGGUAGAGUGGCCAGAAGGACUGCGCAAGCAACCUACAAGAAAGAACUUUCUUGAACAUGUAAAUGCUGAAGUUUUCGCUGUGGAUGAAGCAACUAACGAUACAGUUAUGGCAUCAUCUUCCAAGCCAAGAUCCAGCUCCACCUUUCAUCUGGGCUUUGUGAAUAAACACCUGUCAGAAGCUCUUCAGAGUCCUGGCUCUGAAAGCAAUGACUUUGAACUGAACCCCCUUGGCCAUGACGACAUCAGCCUGGCGGACAUGUAUCGCUGGAAAGUGUCUGCCUAUGCUCCUUGCAGCUCUACAUGUACAUCAGGGAUCAGCACUUCCUAUGCCAUGUGUGUCCGCUACGAUGGAGUGGAAGUGGAGGAGACAUAUUGUGAUGCACUGACUCGUCCUGAACCCACUCAUGAGUUCUGCGCUGGCAGAGAUUGCCAACCCAGAUGGGAGACCAGCCGGUGGAGUGAGUGUUCCAGGACUUGCAGUGAAGGCUAUCAAUACCGAACUGUGCGUUGUUGGAAGAUGCUGGCUCCAGGAUUUGAUAGCUCUGUUUAUGACGACAUGUGUGAGUCAAUUGAACUAACCAGACCCAUGGAAAGGAAACAAUGCAAGAAUAAACCUUGUGGCCCACAAUGGGAGUUGUCAGAGUGGUCUGAGUGUUCUGCUCGGUGUGGUGGUCCUGGCACAAUGAAGAGGGAAGUACGCUGCUCUGUAGAACCAAAUCUGUGCAAUGACUCUGUGAGACCUAUCAGCGAGAAGGAAUGCUCUGGGCCUCCCUGUGACAGGCAGUGGACUGUCUCAGACUGGGGAUCGUGCUCAGGCUUGUGUGGUGAAGGACGGAUGAGCCGCUUUGUCACAUGCCGCAAUCUGGAGGGGAAAGUCAUCUCAGAUUCCCAGUGCAACCCCAAGACCAAGCCUCUGGCAAUAUACCCCUGUGGAGAUAAGAACUGCCCUGCGCACUGGGUGGAGCAGGAAUGGGAUCAGUGCAAUGCCACAUGUGGCCGUGGUGUCAAGAGGAGGACGGUUUUGUGUGUGGGGCUUGAAAAUGGCCUGUACAGAGAAUAUCCCGAGGAGCACUGUGAUGCUUUCCCAAAACCAGAUAUGCAGGCAUCCUGUUUCAAGAGACCCUGUUCAACAUGGUUUUCAACCUCUUGGUCACAGUGCAGCAAGACCUGUGGCACCGGCCUACGUUUCCGUGAGGUGAAGUGCUACCAAGGAGAAACCCUCGGACAAGGCUGUGAGUCAGCUUCCAAGCCAGAAGCCAAGCAGACAUGCCAGCUACAGCUGUGUCCCACAGAUGCCCCAGAUGAAGACUGUGAAGAUAAAGCAACUGCUAACUGUGUGUUGGUCCUCAAAGUGAAGCUCUGUUCACACUGGUACUACAGAAAGGCUUGCUGUAGAUCUUGCAGGAGCAAAUCACGCUGAUCCUUCAUACGGUCCUUUCCAGCCUGGAAGAAGGAGCUUGACUGAAAUACACCAGAAACUUUGAUGCCUGACUCACAUGGAUUCUUAGACUAUAUCAUAUCCAGCUUCUAGAUUUUUUUGUGUUUCCAGACGUCAGAAAGGCCCUGUUUAUAGGCCUUUCCAAAAGACACAAUACCUCCUUCCGACAGUUCAACUUCCAAACUGAUGGAGCUGCCCACACGUCUUUUGAUACAGGUUUUUUGUCAAGUGGAAUAUCAAAAUAUCCAGGCUUCAUGUACUGCCACCAACACUUUCCUGGCUGUAUCUCCUUGGCUGACUCUAAGUUUCUUGUUGAUGUUUCAACUCCUUCCCCUAUACAGCUCAUGCCUUUACAUUUAUGUAGUGCUUUGGAUUGCACAGUUUUUGGGGCAGCCCAAAAGUCUAUCACCCCAUCUCUCCCUUCUAUAGCAACCAAUCAGAAAAUUGUGGAAAGCCUAUAAUCCAGAUUUCAUGAUAGUGGCCCUCCCAGACCAUAAAGAUGCUAUGUAAUUGUCAUGGUCAAUAUCUGCUGGUAGACAAUAAUCAGUGUUGGUCCAAGUUAAAGUAGACCUGCUAACUGAAGUAUUGAGUAACCAAGUUUCCAUUGAUUCAGUAAGUCUAUUUCAGUUGGGGAAUAGCACUUGAAUUCUGGCCAUAUUCUCUAAACCAUGUUCUCUAUUAAUUUGCCCAGUCUUUAAAAGCCAUAAAUGAAACACAGACAAAAGGUCCACUCACAUACCCAAAGAAAGGAACAAGGGAUAGUAAAAAAAGUAGAUUGCUGAAAUGCCCCAUAUAGCAAGUUGUUUGUAUUUAGUAGUCUUCCAUCCACUUGAUCAGUGUUUUAAAAGCAUCGUUUCACAAUAAAGAGAGUGAAAACUA